AUGGCAGCUGCAGCAGAGGACCCCCACCUGGGCUCAGGUCCGGAUGGCGACGGCGACGCACCAGGACUGGACUCGGACUCUGACAGCAUCCUGUCCGAUGACUCUGUGCUCCCUGACACCUCAGUGGAGGCAGCAAACAGCAGCGCAGCCAACACUGUCUACGAGGCGUGCGUCCGCAACGACUCGGCCACUCUGCAGAAAGUUCUGGAGAGAGGGGUCACCAGGGAGGAGGUGAUGGAGCUGGACAUUAACGGAUGGAACGGCCUCAUGGUGGCUUGCUGCAAGGGUUUCCUUGGCAUUGUCCAUGGGCUUCACUUCUGCCCCUUCAUAGACAUAAAUCAUCAGGAUAAUGAAGGCAACACGGCACUAAUGAUUGCAUCUCAAGGAGGUCAUAUAUUCAUAGUGAUGUAUCUCCUAAACUACUACCCAGGUGUUGACACUGAAAUAAGGGACUGCAGAGGAUUCACCGCCCUCAUCAAAGCCGCUAUGACCGGCCGCUGUGACGUCGUAGCUGCCCUUGUUAUGGCCGGGGCUGAUGUAAACGCAGUGGACUCCUUCCGGGGAAGGUGCGCUCGUGACUGGGCCCUGAAAACAGGUCGCUAUGAGACCUUUCACCGUCUUCGCCGCCUCACCAUGCGGCCGAGAGCCGAGCCGUUCUGCGAGAGCUACGUCCCGGAGUGGCCCGACCUCGCGGGCAGAGUGGCCAGGACGACGUCUCAGAAGACGUCUGCAGAGAAGAUCACACUGCGGAUCAAAAACACAUUUGGAUUCAGCUUUCCUCGCGACCCCCAGGAGAACGGGGUGAUGGACCACAUGGUGCGCAUGACCACCAGCGUCCACAGUCCGCUCGUUGUAACUGGGUGCCACCCUCUGCUGCCCACCAGCCCACCCGAGGUGGGGAAGAGACGGCUCGCGGUGGCGGAGCUGGUGAAGAAGCAUCCACAGAAGGAUCUGGAAGGCAGCUCGGUGUGCCACAGCAACGGCUCGGUGUCGCACAUCACCCCCGGCGUCCACUCUGCAGAGACAGUGGCCUCAGUGUGCUGCCCUGACACCGAGCGCAGAGGCAGCAUCCUGUCGGUGGCCUCCAACAAGGUGGCCACCGCCUUCAUCCCUCGAAGCAUGGCGAGACGCAACAGCGUGUUCCCCUCUGGGUGUAUCCCUCAGAUCAACGUGAACAAGCCUUCAGACCCAACGCCAAAGAAAGAGAAGAAGAAGAAGAAGAAAGAUAAGGGCUACCUGGAGCCACCUAAGUGGAAAUACAAGGAGCAUAAGGACGAGAAGAAGAAGGAGAAGAAAAACGCAGAGAAAGACAAGGAAGGGAAAGGAAACAAAAAGGACAAAGAGAGUAGAAAGACAAAAAAUUAAUGGUGGAAACAAAUAACUCCAAGGCGCUCUCCUCUGGAUAAUAACAAUAAUUCAUAAUUCACGUCAAAACAUGUCUGAAUUUGACCAUUUAAUGCUGCUAAAAACAUUCUAGUGAAUGUUUUACUUUAUUUGCCUGGGAGUUUGGGGACGUUCAAUUUCAUGCCCCACUGAAGAAAAACAUCUAAAAUCAGCCCUGAACCCCUAGGAGCAUUUCUUCCACACAGACAUCAGUUUAAAAAUGUUUUGGCAAGAUUUCACUUAACCUGAAGCUCUAAAAGUCACAAAAAUACCUCAAAUGUACAAAAUAUUUCUAGGAAAUUUUAAACAGUGUAGCAAUAUUUGAACAUUGUUGGUAUCAGUAAAAACUUCAGAGACACUUUUUUUAUAAGAUGCAUCACAUAAAACCCAUAUUGAAUCAUUUAUUGGCAGAUAAAGUGCCUAAAUCAUCACCCAUUCAAUACAGAUCAGGUGUUUGUCUAUAUUUGUUGCUAUUUACAAUUCAAGCUCUAAAUGUGGAAGCUAAAUUAUUGCAGCUUAUUAUUUUUGCUGCGCAGCACAAAUGUAAGAGCUGCACAGCAAAAAGACCAAUCACAGUUUGACCUUAAUAAAAAAACCACAAAAAUCAGAUUUUAUUAGAAUCGUAUCUGAUAGACCAACACAAAGAGAUUAAAACACAUAAAAUGGGAGAAAAAUGAUACAUGACUUUCACAUUUUUGAGCAAGUGACAUCUAAAAAGUGUGGCAUAAAUUUGUACUAGACCGAUAGGCUUAAAUUAAAUGUUGUCUUCAGGGUGGCCAAAGAAUGAGACGAUUAAAGCAAAUUUAUCAGUCAGAAUAACCAAGUCAAAAGAAAAAGGAAUCAUCAGUGCAUAUAUUGUGGAGAAUCAACCCAAAAGCCAGAGAGACAUUAAACUAAGGAUUAACUCUGAAUAAUAAUAAUAAUAAUAAUAAUAAUAAUAAUAAUAAUAAUAAUAAUAAUAAUAAUAAUAAUAAUAAUAAUAAUAAUAAUA